AUGAAGCUCGUCAGAUUUUUGAUGAAGCUGAACAACGAGACUGUCUCAAUUGAGCUCAAAAACGGCACCGUUGUUCAUGGAACCAUUACAGGUGUGGAUGUUAGCAUGAACACACAUCUGAAGGCUGUCAAAAUUACGCUAAAAGGGAAGAAUCCAGUGACGUUGGAUCACCUAAGUGUGAGUGGUAACAACAUCCGUUAUUACAUCCUCCCUGACAACUUAAAUCUUGAGACGCUGCUGGUGGAAGAAACACCUAGGGUGAAGCCAACAGCUGGUAUUGUCAUAUUGUUAAGGACUACCUACGUUCAGAUGUUUUUGUGCCUUGUGGGUGUAUGGUUAAAUUUCCUUAUUGCUUGGACAUCCUUCUAAUAACAUCUUCCUUUGAUUGUUCCUCUUCAGGAAAGCCUAUGGGACGUGGUCGUAGGCGCGGUCGUGGGCGUGGGCGUGGACGUGGUCGAGGCCGCUAAAUGCAUUCCAGCUGCUCUAAUUUUUUGAUGUAAACAUGUGUACGGAUUGAGAGAUUUGCUCUUAGUUUUUCUAGUAGGAAAAAAGAUAGAUCUCAUACAACAAUUUAUUUUGGAUCUUUGAAGUCAGGAGCAUGUUAUGUCGUUGCAUCAUAUUGUCUGCUAACAUUACUUUCGUAUGGCGUUCAAUUUUGUUCUGCUUUGUCAAGUUACUCAA